AUGCCUUGUUACAAACAAGAAAUGCCUCCUCCCGGAGGUUUCGCUCCAAUUGAUGUCUCAAGAAAAAUGCCAAAAGGCUAUGUACACGGUCUUAUAACACUUGGCGCAUUGUAUACUUCAACGUAUGUGGGAUUUAAAGUUCUCAAAUAUAUGAAAGGAAAACAAAAUAAAAUUAUUAGAGAAGACCAAGAAUGUCGAAUUGCUCUUGCUCCUUUCAUUAUAGCUGAACAAGAACGAUUAUACUUGAAACAAUUACGAAAAAAUCGCGAAUACGAACAGAGUUUAAUGGGUGAUGUUGCAGGCUGGAAAAUUGGUCAUUGGUUUGACUACCCAGUUUAUCAUAAUCCUCGAGGUUUAUGGUGUGAUCCGGAUGUAAAUGAGUUCUACGCUCAUGUUGCUGAUUGCGAUAAAGAUUUGAGGCGUAAAGUGCGAAAUCGAUACUCUUAA